UAGCACGCUUUUCGCGUCUCACACUCGCACAGUCACACUUCGUCUUCUUCCGUCGUUCCACAUUCUCCAUUUCUGUUACAUUCACAAAUAAAAAAAACUCUGCAACAUUUUCCCCAAAAAUGGCGAGCGAGUGCAUUCUUCGUUUACGCAACGAAGGAAGCAUCGAUAGCAUUCGUUACUUCGAAUGCAGAAGAACCUUGAUGGAAAUGCUCCGUGACAGAGGCUACAACGUUUCCGAAUCUGACCUCACUCUCACUCUCCCCGAGUUCCGUUCACGGUUUGGACAGUUUCCCAAGCCUGAAGCCCUUGGUGUCAUCGUUUCUCAUCGCUCUAACCCCUCCAACAAGGUACAGGUUGUAUUUAGAGGAACUGAUGCUAUAAGUAAAAAAACAUUGAAGGAAAUAUAUAGCCAGAUUGUUGACCAUGGAAAUCCGAGUAGGCUGAUACUUGUUGUGCAAAGUAAAAUGACUUCUUGUGCACGUAAAGAUUUGGAAAUCUGUCAAUAUAAGGUUGAGAUUAUAAACUUGAAUGACUUGAUGGUCAAUGUAACAAAACAUGUGCUGCAGCCAAAGUAUGAGAUACUGACUGCUAAUGAGAAGCAAGAACUGCUCAAGAAGUAUAGGGUGGAAGAGAAACAGCUACCUCUCAUGCAAAGAACUGAUGCCAUAGCUAGCUACUUUGGGCUGGAAAAAGGUCAAGUUGUCAAGAUCUCUCACAGUGGCGAGAUGUUUAAUUCUCUGGUAACCUACCGCUGUGUCAUGUAAUAGUUCUAUUGCAUUAUGCUGCCAUAUAUGAAACAGUUACAAGUCCAAUUUUAUUGUUUUAGAACCUAACCUAUUUGCUAGAAAGAUUACAAAUGGAUUGGUUAUUGUUUAGCAAGUUCUAUUGCGAGUUCAUUCUGUGGCGCCUAUAUAUGUUAAAAACUUGUGAUGUUGGAAACUUAUGAUACUGACAACACUUCUUAUUAAGAGGCUUCAUUAUUCAAUA